AUGGUUGCUCCACUGAAUAGAAAUCAAGAAGUGUCAAAGAAGGAGUUGAAGAAAUACAAGUCUCUAGCUCUCAAGGUUUCAAAAAUAGUGAGGAAACAUAGAGGUUUACGAAAGGCAGGAAACUCAAACAGAGCUGCAAAUGCAAACUACCUAUGCCACAAGUGUGGAAAGCCAGGGCAUUUCAUCAGAGAUUGCCCCAUGCAUAAGGUCGAACACAAAGACUACCCAAGCCAUAGAGGAGAUAAAUGCAAGAAAAGGGACUCGAUCCCUGAUAAUAAAAGGAGAAAAACUGCAGCUCACUAUGUCGUAAAGAAAAUGCUUCCUAUCUUGGAUGAUUCCUCGAGUGAAUCAGGGGAGUCAGAACAUCAUGAAGAUUCAUCAAUGUUCGCUGUUAAAGAAGAUGAAGAUGGGUUUGAUGCCAUAUUUGCCUUCAUGGAAAAAUCUGAUGAUGAAAACCCUUUCUAA